AUGCUUAGGCGCAAGUACUCGAAGACGCUGAAGCUGAGCCUGAUCACGGUGGCCCUGGGUGCGCUCUUCUUGGUGACGAACCGAUGGCUGCCAGGCGAGUUCCCUUCGGUGUACACCGAGUACCUGCAGAACCGGCUCCCAAACCUGGGCUCGUUUGGGAAGCAGCAGCAUAUGGAGGAACAGGAAAGCCAGACGCGCCAGAUGAUCGAAGAGGGCGAGAUGCGGAGCAAGCCGUCGGAGCUGCUGGAGGAGGAAGCCGCGCGCACGGAGCAGGCCGAACGCAAGUCGCAGAUCUUCGCGUUCUACCAGAAGGUGUUUGAACUGUUGGCGGAGCACUCGCCGUCGGGGCAGAUCAGCCACAAGAGCGGGAGACAGUGCCAGGUGAGCCAAGUUGUGUUGCAGGGGCACUUGGAUGACACGAGCCACUGGCCCCUGCUCACGCGCGAGCACUUGAGCAAGUGUCUCAAGAUGACACAGAAGGACAAGCAGAUGGUUUCAGACAAACACAUGCACUACGUGGAUGCGCUAAGCAACCUCAAGCUCAGCAAACGCGCCUACAGCGGCGCUGGCAUCGUCACAGUUGGCGGCGGUAAGUUCAGCAUGUUAGCAUUGCUUCUGAUCAAAUCGCUUCGUAAAGUAGGCACCUCGCUGCCGGUGGAGGUGCUCAUUCCCCCAGGUGAGGAGGAAGAGUAUGAUUAUUGCUCCAAACUGCUCCCCGAGGUGGGCGCCAAAUGUAUCUACUUGAAAGACGUGCUCCCGCCCGCGGUUAUCAAUAACCACUACUUCGAAGGCUACCAGCUAAAGUCGGCCGCGAUCAUUGCAUCGAGUUUCAAGGACCUCCUGCUUCUCGAUGCGGAUAAUAUUCCGAUCCUGAACCUGGACGACAUCUUCCAGUCAAAGCCAUACGUCGAACACGGCCUUGUGCUGUGGCCCGACUUCUGGCGCAGGUCCACCAGCCCGGACUACUACGAGAUCGCCCGCGUCCAGGUGGACUACAACCGCCGCGUCCGGAACCAUAUAGAUAACCUGACCCCGGCCUCGGUGUAUACCCAGAACAUGAAGGAUCUGUCUAGUAUACCGAUGCACGACAUGGAGGGUACGCUGCCAGACCCCUCGACAGAGUCCGGCCAGCUGCUAAUCGACAAGGAAAGGCACCUGAGCACAGUGCUGCUCUCCCUGUACUACAACGUCAACGGCGAGACGUGGUACUACCCUCUAUUCUCGCAGGGCGCACCCGGAGAGGGUGACAAAGAAACAUUCAUUGCCGCCGCCAACUUCUACCGGAAGCCCUAUUACCAGGUUAGAACCUCCACGGGCGCCGAAGGCUACCAUACGAAGAAGGGCUUCUCUGGCGUGGCCAUGCUGCAACACGACUUCAGAGAGGACUACCGCCGCUACGAGGCCGCCAGAGAGGACGUGAAGACCAAGUACGCCAAGUCGCAGCAGUACGACCCGGAGUACACGGUCGAGGGGUUCUACAAAAAGUACUUCGAGGACCCCAAUCAGCCCCCCGUAGACGUGAUGUUUGUGCACGCCAACCUGCCGAAGUUUGAGCCCCUUAAGAUGUCGGAGAAACAACUGCUGAUGGAGAACGGGAGCCACUUCCGCUCGUACAGCCACCUGGACAAGCUGCACAACUACGACAUAGAGCUCGAGUCGUUCCGGGUCCUCAACGAAUACCUCUGCGUCCGGAAGGUCCAGCUCAAAUUCUACAAAGACAAGUUGUCAAGGCCAGCAAAGUGGAACUCGAUGUGCAAGUAUGUCGAGGACAGGCUGAAAUUUCUUGAGAGCACACAUGAAGAAGCCUUGCGGAAGACGUAA